CUGUGGCCCUUGUCUCAGUGUCCUCGCCUCUGUCACUAUUUCUCUACCUUUAGCUCCCAAACCAGAAUACUAGAAUACUACUACGGCAUUGACGACUAUAGUUCUCAUUUCAUCUCCUUGAGACUUUCUUCCUGGAUAUGGAUCUAAAGGAUUUUUGCCUGAGUGAAAACGUCCACUUCCACAGCCAGCACAACCACCUGUUGGACUCCUCAAACACCGACGACGCUCCUUUACUAGAUGAUACAUGUAUCAAGACGGACCCCCCCAGCCCUACCUUCGCCCUGGACAGAACCACAGCAUUCAGUCCCAGCUCGGACAGCAGUGGAUACAAUUUAUUCUCACCGGGUCACUCACUGGACCCGGAAUCCCCGAGUUCGAGCAGCAGCGGCAGCGGUGUCAGCGCAGCACCGGACUCUAGCAGCGCAUCUCAGUUUUGCUCGGAUCGCAGUUUGGCGCUCUCCUCGCACGUUGACUCCAUCCUCAAAUGUGACUACUUAUCGUCGCUGGGCUCUGGGCCUAAAAGGCUGUGCCUAGUGUGUGGCGACUUUGCAUCGGGAUAUCACUACGGAGUAGCGUCGUGUGAGGCAUGCAAGGCUUUCUUCAAGAGGACAAUUCAAGGUAACAUUGAGUACAGCUGCCCUUUGAUGAACGAUUGUGAGAUCACCAAGCGUCGUAGGAAGUCGUGCCAAGCGUGCCGCUUCCAGAAGUGCCUGCGUGCCGGCAUGAUGAAGGAAGGUGUUCGCAUGGACCGAGUCAGAGGAGGACGUCAGAAGUACAAGAGAAGGGGGGACUCUGGCCUCUCUCAUUAUACGAAGGCCCCAGACACACACCCCGCCAAGUCCAACGGAUACAAAGUGAUCUCCCAGCUCCUCUUGACAGAGCCAGCCCCCCUGUGUGCCACGCCUGACAACUCAACCAAUGAUGACAACCUUAAAGCCCUGCUGAUGCUUUGUGACCUCCUGAACAGGGAACUCCUGGUCAUGAUUGGCUGGGCAAAGCAUAUCCCAGGCUUCUCUGCCCUCUCAUUGGUGGACCAGAUGGCCCUGCUGCAGAGUGGUUGGAUGGAGACACUGGUCCUGUCAGUUGUGUCUCAGUCUCUGGGCUAUGGGGAGGAGCUGGUGUUUGCUGGGAACCUGCGUCUGGGCCAGGCCCAGUGCAGAGCAGCCGGACUCUCUGACCUCUACACCGCCCUGAGACAGCUGACCACCAAGUACAGGCAGAUGAACCUGAGCCGAGAGGAAGUGGUCACUCUCAAGGCUAUGGCCCUCGCCAACUCAGACGCAGAGAACCUGGAGAGUGUGGAGGCAGUGCAGCGGUUCCAGGACGGACUCCAUGAGGCCCUGCAGGAGUACGAGAGCGCCCAGCACACAACAGAGCUCCACCGGGCAGGCAAACUGCUCAUGACCCUGCCCCUGCUCCGGCAGACUGCCAACCGUGCCGUGGACACCUUCUGCCGGCUCCACCUGGAGGGUCACGUGCCCAUGCACAAACUCUUCCUGGAGAUGCUGGACGCCAACAUAUGACUGUUCUACACCUAACCUCCCAUUGGCCCCUCACAAACCGUAACCAGGUGGCCCAUUGUCGUGGGGUCAGAAGUUCAGGGUUUUGGUGGGUCACAGUUUUAUGACAAGUCAUGGUGUCAUGGAACGAGCCUGAUAACUGCGUACUGUAGAACAACAUAUACAAGUGAUAGAUCUCGUUUCUCAUUAGGGCAAAAGCCAAGGGCUCUAUUCAAUCUGUAUUGCGGAAGUUCAGCGUCACAGCGCGAUCGAAAUUCAAAGGCAAUGUUCUUGCGUUAGCGGAGACUGCAUUCACGGUAAAUACUAGCUUAUGUCGGCUCAAUCAGAAAUGACCUUUACAUUGCUGUGGGGCAACCUGGAACGCUUCAGCGAUACAGUUUGAAUAGAGUUCCAAGUCUAGUAGAUUCAUAUAUUUUGGUACUUUUUACAGAGGAGAGUAUAUACACUACAUUGUUUUUUUGUAUCGUGGGGAUUUUCCAGCCAUGAUAUUCAGUCAAUAUGAAAGAAUGUCACUCAUGAUGAAAACAUAAUAGCACUUAUUGACGAUAUAUUCUGUUAGCUAGAUAUCACAUAGCCAAAGGCCUCUGCAAGCUCUUAGCCAGGCUGAACCAGACUAUUAGUACUGCUAUCAUUACAAACAGAACAUUCUUUUGGACUUACCUGCCUUAUAAUGUACUAAGAAGGUGCGUUGCCAUGACAUUUGUAUUUUAUUUAUUUAUUACAUGAUCGCUGUACAAAGACAUGAACUGCUUUCUUACUAGUUUGUAUGCGUUUGAAUAAAAUGCUUUUGGAA